AAAAAAAAAAUUAUCUUAUUUAAUAUUUCAUCUGAAGACCAGACCGACGUUGAUCCUCAUACCCAACACCUUUUGGAAAUGGAUAAUAAUUCUGAAAAGCGUCAAGAGGAAUUUGAUUACAGUUCAAGUUUUAUCAUGGAUUCGUCGAUAUUAUUAAAUGAGAUAAGACGUAUUGAAAAUUCAUCAAAAGCAAUUUCUCGAACCCUUACUACAAUGGUAAUGUGUAACGAUGAUGAAGAUAUAUUAUCCAGAGCCCCAGAUCUAUGUAACGACAUUGAGGAGAAUGAGAAAGAUUUGUUUUCUCCCAUACCAGACUAUGUCACUCAAAUACUUAAUACCGAAAGACAACGAAGGUUAAAUAUGAGCAAAAAAGCUCAGCCACAUGUUGAGAGCCACCAAAGUAAUUAUCCCAUUACUCCAAGACUAUCUGGUGAGAGUAGGGCUUAUGUGGAUCCCAGUGUUCCUCUUCUGUUGCCAUAUGAAAUCAGACAUAGCCGUAAAUUUCGUUUGGGUAAAAAUCGAGCUAUAGGUACUAAUCACAACUUACACCAUGGUGAUGAAUCUCAAUGCGUUUUGACUCCGUCACAAGACAACAAACGUAUUCAAAUUGAGACAAAAAAAAAUUCCAAAUCUGUGGCUUCUAACGGUAAGACACAGAAAUAUGAACCACCAUCACGAAAGCCGAUGAAAGUAUCAAAAGACUUUGUUCCUUCUUGUGCUUAUGCUAAAAAAGGUGACCUGCGAAAUGAAUCAAACUGAGCAGUUUUUGAGCCUAAAUAGAUAAUACACUUCUUAAUAUCAGCAGUUUCUGUUGUUCAGUCAUUUUUUAUCUAUUGGCAAUAUAUCUUUAGUUUUUUGUCAAUAUUAGGUAAUCUUUGUUUUUGAAUUACUAGAUAAAAAAAUUUCAUUUGAUUUGAUUACUAUUAUUCGAGCUGAAUAGGUUUCCUAGAUGCAUUUCUAUUGAAUUAUUGGAAUAUCAACAACAAAAAAAAAUUACAUUGAUGUGUCAGAAAGAAUCAGUAUUGUCUUGACUAUUUAUUUUAUAUUUCUUCCAUUUGGUCCGAUAUUUUUGUUGUUAAAAAAAUAUAUAUACUUCACUAAAGUUUGCCUAUGAAAGUCACGUAUGUUCCAUUUUUACCGUAGCAGAAUAGCCUUAUUAAUAAAUCUUGUUUGACUGUGGUUAACUUUUUUAAACCAUCGCAUCCUUCUUGCCAAAAUAGAUCUCCUCAUAUAGAUCGCUGACAAAGAGUAAACCACACGUUAGCAUUUUCAAACUUAAUGUUGAUAAAGCCCUGGAUAUUAUUCGAGUUUACCCUGUAAAAUUAAAGCUAACAUUUUGCUCUUUUAUUAAUGAAAACCUUUUAGACGCUUUUGAGGGUGCGAAUAUCGAUACAGCCACGAGAUCAGAUUAUUAAUAUGAGCCUUCACAAAUACUUUAGAUACAAUAUAAAUCUGAAAUAAAAAUGAUGCUACCAAGAAAACUUCAUUCUCUGAUCAAACUUUUUCAGACAAGCUUAAUAGGUCUUUGUCUAUAUAUAAAAAUUCAAUCGAUAAAAUAAUAAUAAUCAGACAGGAUUUUAUCCUUAGGGAAUAAAAGAUGUUCUGGUUGUUAGUUUUUAUAUCGAUUACUUCUCUCUUUUCCUUAAAAUAUUUGGAAACUUUCUAAAA